AAUGAAGAAAUUAAUAUAAGCAAGUGACCGCGAAGGAAGUAUUGAAGAUGCAAACGUAGUUCGUAGGGGCAAUCGCGCCCAAGGUGCUUCGAAGUGAAAACAGGAGUAAAAUGAAUGGAAAUUUCAGUGAUGUCGUAUGCCAACCCAUAGUGUCUCAUGGGAAUAAUCAAGGCUGCGGCAGUGGUGGUGGGAAUGAUUCAGUGUGUGCCAUGGGGCGUGGGAGGGGAUUCUGUGAAGUAAAAGUGGAGGAGAGCAAAAGUGAAAAUGUCUCUUGUGAGCAAUUCACCCCCAAUCUCGGCGACACUGCGUCUGACGGAAAUUUUCCCGAAGUCAAUUACUGGGCGUACAACAACAACUUCCUCUUUCCACCACACCUCUAUAAGAGGCUCUUUGAGCAAGCGAUUUUCCACAAAAGAAACUACCUGCCCACAAAGCAGGAGAAAGCAUUAGUCUGGGAAAAUCCUUCCGGUGUGGUGACUUCCAUCAAUUGUGGUGUACGUGAAAAAUGUGACAACAACUCAUCAGCACAAAAAGGUGAAGAUCAAAAGGAUUUUACUUCCUCAAUGAACUCUGUGAUGACUGAUCACCACAUGCCAAGUCAUGGGCCUGAAAACAAUCAUAUAUGGAGUCGUGGAGAUUUGGGUAAAUUGCGAGGAGAGCACGGAAGCAGCAAUGAAAUGACACGGAAAGAUGAUGACCAGAGUGAUCAUCAUAUGACCAACGCUAUAUACCCGGGGACGGCAAUGCGAUCCGCCAGUGUCUCAACUAGGAGUAUGUCACCGCAGCACGGACAUGCUGGACCACCGGCAGCCAAUGGAUCACAUUUACUGGGUCUGCCACAGCCACUCGAUGCCACAAAAAUCGGCUCAAAUUCACAAAAUGGUCCAGCGAUUGGAGGUCGAAAGUACCACUGCAAAAUUUGCUCUCAGAUGCUUGAUCCCAAGAAUACUCUUGUCUCAUUUUGA